AUGUCUGCUGCGUGGCCAAGGAUUUUCCCAGGGCCUGGAGCGGGGCCUGGGUGCGUCGCGCCCGCCCGUGACUCAGAGCUGCAGGGCGGCCUCGGAACAAUAACAAAACUCCUUUUGGGGAGUGUCUGGGGCCGCUGGGCUGGGUCUGGAGCCACGGACGCUGAGGGGCCCCCGGCACCCAGACGCUCCCCCCCUCUCUUGGCGCGGCAGGGCUGUGUGCUGCGUGGCUGAGCUACACUCCCCAGGAAACCCCUCGCUGUGGCAUUCCCGGGGCUAAGCAGCCCAAGAGCCUCCUAUGCAGGGCGUGUGCCGCAUGCCCCACGGCGGCUCGGGGCCCAGAACCUGCCCCCCGGGACCAGGGGUAUGAUCCCCCCGCGCACACUGACACGCGUUCCCUCGGGACCCUCUCUCCCCCCUUCCCCCCUUUCGUCCUCUGCGUCUUGCCCGCGUCCCGUCGGGCAGGGACGCGCCCUGCAAGCUGAGCCCGCACCGGCCCCACUGCACCCCCAGCCUCGAUUCAGGGGGGCGAGUCUCACAUCUCCCCUGAAGGAGCUGCGUCUACUCCCUGGCGUCUGCAGUUGGGAUUGGGGCCGGCCGAGCGGCACCAUGUCCCUGAAUGCCCCCACCAGCAACGACGCCUGCCUGAGCAUCGUCCACAGCCUGAUGUGCCACCGGCAGGGCGGGGAGAACGAGACCUUCGCCAAGCGAGCGAUCGAGAGCCUGGUGAAGAAGCUGAAGGAGAAGAAGGACGAGCUGGACUCGCUCAUCACGGCCAUCACCACCAACGGCGCCCACCCCAGCAAGUGCGUCACCAUCCAGCGCACCCUGGAUGGGCGGCUGCAGGUGGCCGGCCGGAAGGGCUUCCCCCAUGUGAUCUACGCCCGGCUCUGGCGCUGGCCCGACCUGCACAAGAACGAGCUGAAGCACGUCAAGUUCUGCCAGUUCGCCUUCGACCUCAAGUACGACAGCGUCUGCGUGAACCCCUACCACUACGAGCGCGUGGUGUCGCCAGGCCUGGGUCUGAGCAUCCAGAACACAGCACCCCCUGCCCGCCUGGUGAAGGAGGAGUUUGUCCAUGACUGUGUCCAGAUGGAGGUGCCCACGGGGCUGGGCUCCCCCGCCAGCGACCAUGGCCCGGGGGCCAAGCACCCACCCCGGGGGAUGCCCCCCGCUGAGUCCUACUGCCAGCCGCUGCCCCCCCUCCAGCUGCCCGAGCCCCCCCGCGCCCCUGUAAACAUCUACCCCACCCUGCCCAUGUCACCCCCGGUGGCCUCCGGGGGCCCCCUGCUGUCCAUGGCACACGGCGAGGGACUGCAGCAGAUCGCCUCCCCGCGCCAGCCCAUGGCGCCCACCCCACCCCCGGCCCCACCAGCCUCGCAGCAGAACGGCUACCCCAUGCCCCCCAAGCAGUCCUACCACAGCAAGACAGCCAGCUGGACGGGCAGCAGCACCGCGGUCUACACCCCCAGCCUGGGGGGCCAACAGCCCACCCCCCCGCCGCCCCCUCCACCACCGCCGCAGCAGAACGGACGGAGCCACCCGCAGCCCCCGCUCCAUCACCCCAACCACUACUGGCCCCCGCACCAUAACGCGGCCCCCUACCAGCAGCCCGUCUCCAGCCACCCGGGUCCGGAGUUCUGGUGCUCCAUCGCCUACUUCGAGAUGGAUGUGCAGGUCGGGGAGAUCUUCAAGGUGCCGUCCAGCUGCCCCGUGGUGACGGUGGACGGCUACGUGGACCCCUCGGGGGGCGACCGCUUCUGCCUGGGGCAGCUCUCCAACGUGCACCGCACGGACGCCAGCGAGCGGGCCAGGCUGCACAUCGGCAAGGGGGUGCAGCUGGAGUGCCGGGGUGAGGGCGACGUCUGGAUGCGGUGCCGGAGCGACCACGCCGUCUUCGUGCAGAGCUACUACCUGGACCGGGAGGCCGGGCGCGCCCCGGGCGACGCCGUGCACAAGAUCUACCCCGGCGCCUACAUCAAGGUGUUCGACCUGCGGCAGUGCCAUCGCCAGAUGCAGCAGCAGGCGGCCACGGCCCAAGCGGCAGCCACGGCCCAGGCCGCAGCAGUCGCGGGGAACAUCCCGGGGCCUGGCUCCGUGGGCGGCAUCGCGCCGGCUGUUAGCCUCUCCGCUGCCGCCGGGAUUGGCGUGGACGACCUCCGGCGUCUCUGCAUCCUGCGUCUGAGCUUCGUCAAGGGCUGGGGGCCAGACUACCCCCGCCAGAGCAUCAAGCACACCCCCUGCUGGAUCGAGGUGCACCUGCACCGGGCCCUGCAGCUGCUGGACGAGGUGCUGCACACCAUGCCCAUGGCCGACCCGGGGCCCGUCAACUAGCGGGGCUGGCGGGACAGUGGCUUCCAGCCUCUGACGUAAAGGGCCGGCGCUGCCUUCAGUCAAUGAGCGUCCGUGGGGCCUUAUCUUACCAUGUGGGGUGCCAGGACUCCCCCCUCCCCCACGAUUCUGCCCCUCCCACUGAGCCCUGAACCGGCUGCCACCCAGGAGCCAAAGCAAGCCAGCCCCGGCUUCAGGGAGUCUCUGGGCUCUGUCGAGACUCUUCACAAGGGAGCAACUGCCCCGAUCUGCUGGUCCCCUCUGGGCUCUGCCACGGCUCGCCCUGGAGACGUGGCACCUGGGGGCGUGGGCACGCCGACAGGCCAGGGACUGUCUAGCCUGCUGGGUCUCUUCCAUCUCUGUGAUCUAGGAGGCAAGGAGCCGGUGACGUUUUAUCCUCCCCUUCCCUGCUCCAUCCACCCACCCCAUCCCUCCGCUUCAUCUCACCCCUUUGCCCAGCACUCGGCCAGGCGGUGCCCUGCGGGGAGCGGGUUGUGGGCAGCCACUCUCCCUCCCCAUGAAACCCCUCCCGGUCGCACUCGCUUCUUGGGGUGGUUUAAUUUAAUUUGUAAUAAAAAGCCAAAUAACUAGGGCCCUAGCAAAUU